GAGCGCGGGCGGUCUCAGGGGUGGCAGUGGUGGCUGUGUCCCACCCUGGAGCACCCCGCUCCCUCCUUUGGGAAGGGGUGCCCCCCCCUUCCCAGCCAGGCCCGGUGCCCUUGGCUGUGUCCCCAUGACGCUCAUCUAUCCCAAAAAUAGCUGCAGCACCCAGGCCUGUGCCGAGGGGGGGCAUGGAACUAGGCUGUGGGGCCUCCACCCUCCCCUCCUGCUUGGGGGAGCCCAAAACCAGCAAGUGGACCCCAAAACCAGCAGGGUUUCCCCCUCCCAGCACCCCUGCCUCUCCCUUUCCCCACAGAUCCCAGGCUCCAGGAUGGGGAGUGCCAUGGGGCACUGGGCCCUGCUGGCCCUGUUGCUGUGGAUCCCAUUCCUCAUGGGAUCAGGGGGGGAUGGAGCCAAGGAUGGCCAGGAGGGAUUCCGGGGACACGCCGCCACCUCCGAUGACCUGCUGCUCCGGAUGGGAAGAACCACUUGGGACACCCUGGAAAACUGGGUGGGACCCCAGCUCCUGCAGAUGGUGGCUGAGAGCCUCUCCACCACCCUCUGGAUCGUUUCCUCUGGGAUCUCGGCAGCCCUGACCACGCUCUGUGGGAUCCUGGGGGAUCUCCUGGCUGCUUCCAGCAUCAGCGGCCACCGGCUGGUCCGAGCGGCAGCACUGGCUCCCAGAGAAGUCCAGAGAGUGCUCCUGUGGGCAGUGGCCGCCCUGCUGGGCUCCUGGGUGCUAUCCCGGCUUCGACGGCUGCUGCUCCCUCUGCUCCACUGGCUGAAGCUUUUCCUUUUCCUUUGCGCCUUCCUGCACGUGGCCGCUUCCCAGGAGAGCCCCACGGUGCAGGCGGGGAUGCUGCUGGGGCUGUGGGUGCUCUACGCCCUCCUGGGCAGCCUGGUGGCAUCCCCGGAUCCCAGUGCCCGGCUGGAUGCGGCCGUGCGGAACCUGGAGUGGAAGGUGGAGGAGCUGCGGCGGCGCCAGAAGUUUGGGGGGCCCCGGAACCGGGAGGAUUGAGCCCCCCUAAAGCUUCUUCAAAGCUUGGCUCUGUUAUCCCAAGCACGUGUUCCCCCGCUCUGCUGAGCCCCCCAUGUCCCCUCCUCUGCUUUCCAGUUCUCCCAUGGGGGCCCCCCAUCCCUCUGGGAGCACCCCAAAAUCGGGGGCUGUGCCUUGCCACACAUGCCACAAGUGCCUUAACCCCAAAAUCCCCCACGAGCCCCAGAUUCCCUGCUCGCCAGGGAUGUUGUCCCAGCUCAGCUGACUUGGGGUGCAGAGGGGAUCCCAUUCCCCAUCCCGGGGGCUCUGCUUGUUUUGGGGUCCCCCCACUGUCAGGUUUUGGGUUUUAAGCUGCUUUGUAAACGGUUUUGAUAAUGUGGUUUGGAAUAAAGACAGAUUUAUCCAGCCUGGCCCCAGU